UUAAGACAUAAGUAGUCAAAUCAGGAUAUAAUUCGUCUAAGCGACCAAAUUACGCGGCCAUGUUGGGUGUACUAGUCAACGUUUUGUUCUAUGGGUGAAUACAUUGCCCUCACACAAAUGGUGCUUAUUUUGAUUUGUAAUGCCUUGCGACUAUCCGUACGUCAUUAUUGUGCGUCUCUACACGAGAACCAUCUGUCAUGUCCACAUACUAGCUAAAAACAUGGCUCCUUUAAAACAAAACGCAAAAAGUCAAGGUCCGUUUAGAGGAAAAUACUUAAAUAACAAAUUUGCACAUGGUGGUUUAUCACACAACGCCAAAAGAAAAAGAAAAUGGGUUCCGGAGGACAAAAUUUUCGAUGGUAGUUUAAAAGAGGGUCAGGGGUUUGCCUUCAAAAGGAAGGAGAAAGUAAGGCAUGAAUACAACAAACUUCUUCGAAAAGAGAGGAAGAAAAAGCAAGCAUCAAAAGUCCAGUUAGAGGAGAAAUAUCCCGAGCAUCUGAAACAUCUGUACCUGGCUGAAAGAAAACGACUAGAUGAAGAAGAACAAGAGAAAAAGAUAAAAAGAUUUAAAGGGAGAGAACUGGAUGAAGAGACUGAGGAAGAUGAUGAACUAAACAUAGUGUCGGAUUCUUCUGAGAAAAGCAUCUUAAACGCAACGACUGACCAAACUACCGUGCCAGAUUCAUCAAAUGAACCAACACAGUCUGACAGUUCCCACAAGGUCCCGUUGAUCCAAAAGAAGCUUAAAAUGUCUUCGUAUCAAAAGACAAAACAAGAAUAUGAGAGGAUGAAGGAGGAGCGUGCACGAAAAAGAGAGGAAUUCUUGAAAAACAAAUCUGAGCGUGAGGAGGCUCUGAAAAAAUACAAGGAAAAGAAAAUGGCAACAUAUCAGCUGUUGAAAAGAAAAACCAAGAAGGGUCAACCAAACCUCAACCUGCAGAUGGAGCUAUUGCUGCAUAAGAUUCAAGCUCAGCGCAAAUAAUUCAGCAUCAGACUUAAAAACUGUUGUUUAAAGCAAUUUAAAGUAAAAAUGGACCAUCACACAAUAAACUGUGCAGUUUGGGUGAGUGUUUUUUUUUUUACCAUAAGAAUGUGUAUACCUUUGCAAACCUUUGUCUUUACAGUAAUAUUGCUUGUAAAAUAAGAUUAAAUUAUGCUUUACGUAAAGGGAUAGUUAACCCAAAAAUGAAUAUACUGUCAUUACUCACCCUCAUGUCGCUCCACACCCAUAACACCUUCGUUCAUCUUCGGAACACAAAUGAAGAAAUUUUUGAUGAAAUCCGAGACCUUUCUGUCCCUCCAUUGACAGCUAUGCAACUGACACUUAGACACUUCAGAAAAGUUGGAAUAAACCAUUCAAUUUAUAUGGAUUAGUUUUACAAUCUCUUCAUGAACUUUUUGAAUCGUCAACGGAGGGACAGAAAUCUUUUUGAUUUCAUCAAAAAGAUCUUCAUUUGUGUUCCGAAGAUGAACGGAGGUCUUAACGAGUGUGGAACGACAUGAGCGUGAAUAAUGACAGAAUUUUCAUUUUUGGGGGAAAUAACCCUUUAAGUUAAUUCAAGCUGACAGUACACAAGAAAUACUACUAUUAAAUACUAUAGCAGUAAAUUUAUUGAAAAAUGUGAUCCCUUGUAUCUAUUUAGUAAAUCUAUUUUAUCAUUGUAUUUAGGUAGAUAAUGCUGUCAGCAGCUGAACUGUCUAACAGUGUUUUCAACUCUUUUAAACGGUUAUAGUGUUUUGCAUAAUCUCCUUUCCUCUAACUGCUCUUUUAAAAAUAUAUUUUUGUGACAAACAUAAUGAAUGGAAUCUUUUGUUCAUUAGGUGAAAAAUGUAUCAAAGUAAAAAUAAAAGGUCAAAUAUUAAAAUAAAAAUACUACAAAAUUUGUUGCAAUGCAUGUAACCUUUUAUACAAAAAUAUUUAAGAUUACAAAAACAUGAAGCUUAAGAAACUCCCAGUAUCUCCAGUAACUAAUAUGAUUUGAUGAUCAGAGGCAGUGGCUGUGGUCAGUGACUCACAUGGCUCCUCCCUAUUUAUUUGACUCCUCCCCCACAUCAUCAUAGUCUGUUUUUAAAACAAAUGCAGAUUCAGUUUUCAUUGUUACAAUUGCAUUAAGAUCUUUAUUUAAGUAACCAACAUAAAAAAAUGUGUAUAGAAAUGUGAAUAACUUACCCAACAGGUUUCUCUCAUCUUCACUGCUGUUCUUCACAUCAUCAUACUCCUCCUGAUCUCCCUCUGAUACACAUGUGAAAUAAAACCUCACAUUGUGAUUUUAA